CACGCUCGGUUUCCGGGGGAGGACGGCGGCGAAGGACCUGCGCGCGACGGUUCUCACCACUGCUAUGGAGGCGUUGGCUAUGGGGGUCCCGGCGCUGCGGCUUUUGCGGGUCGCACCCGGUGGCGGGGUCAGCCGGAGAUUUAUAGCAACAUCGCCAGCUUCUCAGCUGUCACCGACAGAAUUGACAGAAAUGCGGAAUGAUCUCUUUAAUAAAGAGAAAGCCAGGCAGUUAUCAUUAACUCCCCGAACUGAGAAGAUAGAAGUUAAACAUGUUGGGAAAACUGACCCUGGUACUAUCUUCAUGAUGAAUAAAAACAUUUCAACUCCCUACAAUUGUGCCAUGCACCUAAGCGAGUGGUACUGCAGGAAGUCCAUUCUGGCUCUAGUGGAUGGACAGCCGUGGGGCAUGUAUAAGCCUUUAACAAAGUCCUGUGAAAUUCAGUUUCUUACUUUCAAAGAUCGUGAUCCAGGAGAAGUGAAUAAGGCUUAUUGGCGUUCUUGUGCUAUGAUGAUGGGCUGUGUGAUAGAGAGGGCAUUCAAAGAUGAAUAUAUGGUCAAUUUGGUCAGAGCUCCAGAAGUUCCUGUAAUUUCUGGUGCCUUCUGUUAUGACGUAGUUUUGGAUAGCAGACUUGAUGAGUGGAUACCAACAAAAGAGAACUUACGUUCCUUCACAAAGGACGCUCAUGUUUUAAUUUACAAAGAUCUUCCAUUUGAAACUCUGGAAGUUGACGCAAAAGUGGCAUUGGAAAUAUUUCAACACAACAAAUACAAAAUAGAUUUCAUCGAAGAGAAGGCAUCUCAGAACCCUGAGAGAAUAGUCAAGCUACACAGAAUAGGUGACUUCAUUGAUGUGAGCGAGGGCCCUCUUAUUCCAAGAACAAGUAUUUGUUUCCAGUAUGAAAUAUCAGCAGUUCACAGCCUUCAACCUACCCAGCCAAGUCUCAUACGAAGAUUCCAGGGUCUGUCUUUACCCGUUCACUUAAGAGCACAUUUUACGAUAUGGGAUAAGCUGUUGGAAAGAUCUCGUAAAAUGGUAACUGAAGAUCAAACUAAACCAACAGAGGAAAGUACAUCUACCUAAUAACUUUCUAAAAUUUAAAUAUGUAUAAUAAAAUAAAUGUUUUUAAUAUAAUGUUUGUGUGUGCUUAUAAAGAUUAACUCUUUCUCCCUAAGAUUGAUAGUGAGUUUUACUUUUUCCUUUAUGUUGCUCAAAAUAAAAACUGUCAAAAACAAGUCA